UGUCGGUAACGCAGUUGACUUCUGGGAUGUGAGUGUUUUAAAGUGUUCGUUUUGUCGGAUACUUUGCUAUGACUCAUGUCGUAAGUGUUUGUAAUAUGUAGGACCUGUUUGUUUGAUUCAAUGUUUGAUUAAAAUAAUCAUUAUCAGUGUCCCGAUAAGCGUAAAAAAAUACUUUAGUCUGAUGUUCUGCAGAAAAAGGAACGCCCAUGAUUACACGAAUGAUUAUACAAAAUUUCUGGACGUAAAAUGUAAUAGGAUGUCCAACAGUAGAUCUUGUAACAAUUAAUUAACUUAUUGAUAUUAUGUAAGCGUAAUAAUACAAUAGAAAUAUCCAAAUGUUAAGGAAAAUGGUUAAAAUAAAGUGGUCGUUGACAAACACUCCAAAUAUUCUUAAGCAUCACUUAAAACAGAAAUGGUGGCAUUUUCAAAUUACAAUAAAAUCUUUGUUCUACAAUGAUUUUUUAAAUUGGAGUUAUGUUUGUGAUAUUCUUUUGGAUCCCAUAUUUUGGUUUGUAGAGAUGUUCGUCGCCUGUUUAGGACCGGUAUUUGUAAUAUUGGUAAGCCUUUUAACUGCAAAUAUCGUAUACGUUGCAUAUUACAUUGGUCUACCAUAUUGGUGGGAGAAGAGUCCAACAAUGACAGUAAUCCUUCUGUUGAUCGGAAAUUGGCUGUUAGUAAAUGUAUGUUUUCAUUAUUACAUGGGUGUGAACGUUCCAGCUGGUUACCCACCGCGAAGUGGCCUUAUUCCAGAGGCUGUGAGCAUUUGUAAAAAAUGUAUUAAACCAAAACCACCUAGAACUCAUCAUUGCUCUGCAUGCAAUAGGUGCAUUCUCAAAAUGGAUCAUCAUUGUCCAUGGUUGAAUAACUGUGUUGGUCAUUACAAUCACCGAUACUUUUUCCAGUACAUGGCUUUCACGGUGUUAGGUGUUUUAUUUGUUAUGUUGUUUGGAGUCGAAAUAGCAUACCAAGAAUUUUUUCCUGCGCAAGAUCCAGAGCUGGAUGGACAUCCUGUACGGAUCAAUAACUCUGAGAUCAUUCCUGUGUCUGAAUCGCUGGAUCAUUUAAGCGAAGAGGAAUUAGCAGAAAUAGCUAAACAGGCUGCCGACACUAAAGCUAAAGAAUGGAGGCGACAACUUAUAAAUUUUGCAGCGUUAAUUUGCGUAGCGACCUUCGCUGCUUUAGGAGCAUUAAUGUGGUGGCACGCGGGUCUUAUUACCAAGGGGGAGACCAGCGUAGAGGCGCGUAUAAACAGCACAGAAUCGCAGAAAUACAAAGCGCUCGGGAAGGUAUACCAAAAUCCUUAUGAUUUUGGCCCGAAGCAAAACUGGAAGCUAUUUCUAGGUAUAGUUGACAGAAGUUGGUGGUACAUACUUUUCCCGUCGAAUCAUGGCCCGUACGGGGACGGACUCACGUGGAAGACGAUUCACGACGCAAAGAUUUCUUAAGCCGAGUUUUUAUAGUCCCAACGACUGAGCCUGCGUUUCUUUUGCAACAGUCAGGAAGAAGUUACUCAAUUGCAGAUUUUAAAUGCCUCUAGUCAAGUCACAGUUAUCUAGUGUUUCACACGACGCGCGGAUCUAAACCGAUUCACCGUUAUUUAACACCGUUACAACGUAUUUAAGACACCAUGGAAAAAUGAGAAACACGAGCAGAGAAAUCACUUAGUAUAGACGCGUGAGGAUGAUAUUCGAUAAGAACGACUGCAGUGAAAUUCACCACGACAUUGCGCUGUAUAUAAUAUUCCAAAAAGGUUUUCCAAUGUUCUCCAAGAUGCACUCUCGAAUGUACUUCUAAGAAACGUAUAUCAUUACCUCUAAUAUACAUUAUUCAGUAAUAUUAAUGUUAAAUGUAUUUUCAACUUCUAAUCUUUAAAUUGAUCGAGUCAAUUAUAGAUGAAAUAAAGGAAUUUUUGAUAUCUUUGCAAAGUGAGACGUGUGUUCAUGCGGCGAAAUCAAGCUGUCGGCCAAACGAUAUCCUCUAUCCAAUUAAUAUAAUGCGAGACCUUUGUGUACACUGCAGGCAUGUUAUCAAAAGCACAACCGAG